UCUGUGUCAGAGGGAGGCGGCAUUGUCAUCUCCCUCCCAGGCUGUGACCGGCCUUUCCGCAGGCAUGCUGGGGCUCCGGGGGCUGCGGCUCCCCGCCACCGGGAUCCUGUACCUAUUGCCGCUGCUGCUGCUGCUGCCCACCUGGCCGGCGACCCCAGCGCCCCGCCGCGCCCCCCUCAAGCCGGUCAUCGUGGUGCACGGGCUCUUCGACAGCUCGUACAGCUUCCGCCACCUGCUGGAAUACAUCAACCAGACACACCCGGGGACUGCGGUGACGGUGCUUGAUCUUUUUGAUGGGAGAGAGAGCCUGCGGCCCCUAUGGGAACAGGUGCAAGGAUUCCGAGAGGCUGUGGCGCCCAUCAUGGCGAAGGCCCCCCAAGGAGUACAUCUCAUCUGCUACUCUCAGGGGGGUCUGGUGUGCCGGGCGCUGCUCUCCGUCAUGGAUGACCACAAUGUGGAUUCAUUCAUCUCCCUGUCCUCUCCACAGAUGGGACAGUAUGGAGACACAGACUAUUUGAAAUGGCUGUUCCCCACCUCCAUGCGAUCUAACCUUUACCGGAUCUGCUAUAGCCCCUGGGGCCAGGAAUUCUCCAUCUGCAACUACUGGCAUGACCCUCACCAUGAUGACUUGUACCUCAAUGCCAGCAGCUUCCUGGCCCUGAUCAAUGGGGAGAGAAACCAUCCCAAUGCUACUGCCUGGCGGAAGAACUUUCUCCGUGUGGGUCACCUGGUGCUGAUUGGGGGCCCUGAUGAUGGUGUUAUUACUCCUUGGCAGUCCAGCUUCUUUGGUUUCUAUGAUGCAAACGAGACUGUCUUAGAGAUGGAAGAACAAUUGGUUUAUCUGAGGGACUCUUUUGGACUGAAGACUCUCGUGGCCCGGGGGGCCAUAGUGAGGUGCCCGAUGGCUGGGAUCCCCCACACAGCCUGGCAUUCCAACCUCACCCUUUAUGAGACCUGCAUUGAACCCUGGCUCUCAUGAGGACGUCUGCAGGGGUCCCCCGGGAGCCCUUCACUCACCCACCCAGCUCAGAGACUCCGUGGCGGCCUUGGAAAGCGGAUGUCAAGCUCUGGUGUGCUGACCACCUCAUUGCUCCCACACUGUCUGCCACCCCCACCCCCCAACCAGGGCUCCCAGAAACCCUGAUCCUCUGUGAAUGACAUGGCCUGGUCUCCCCUGCCUGGGGUCUUCUCUUUGGAGGGGCAGCGCCAUGCUCUCCCUUCCCACAGGCCGAGGCCGGGGGAAACCAGGGUUUCACCUGUGGCUGCUGCCGCUGCUGCUCUGUAUUUGCGCAGGAGGGGGACCCAGCCCCGCCCACCCCAGGGGUCUCCUUCAGGCCACUCAGGACAUUUUUAGCUUCUUCUCCCCAUGUCCCCUUUUCCUCUGAAUGCCGGGACUGUUAGCCCUCCCCCCACCCCCACCCCCGGCAGGCCUGCCCCUGAGAGUGGGGUUCUGAGGCUCCCCUAUGGGGACAGUUCCGUUCUCGAAGUGUCAGUGUUGGGGAAUAUCUGUGGCCUGCAAGGCCCAUCUCAGGUUUGGGAUCCCCCAGUCCCUAUGUUCAGUGUUGGGGUACCCCCCUGGGAGCCAAAUUUCUGAGGCCCCAGCCCCUCUUUUAGCUCCCCUUGAAUAUGGGGUCUUUCACCUGUAUUUAUGGAAAUAAAACUCCCUUUCCUCCG